AUGUCCUUCCAGCAGAACCAGCAGCAGUGCCAGCCCCCUCCCAAGUGCCCCUCACCCAAGUGUCCCUCACCCAAGUGCCCCCCCAAGAGCCCAGCACAGUGUCCGCCUGCGGCCUCUGGCUGUGCUGUGAGCUCAGGAGGGUGUGCUGGCCCCAGCUCUGAGGGCGGCUGCUUCCUGAGCCACCACAGGCACCACAGGUCCCACCGAUGCCGUCGCCAGAGCUCCGACUCCUGUGAUGGUGGCCGUGGUCAGCAGUCUGGGGGCCCUGGCUGUGGCCACAGCUCUGGGGGCUGUUGCUGACCUGGAUCCUGAUGACGAGACAAGGGAUUUCAGAGGAAAUAAGAAUCCAGAGUCCACGGAAGCCCCGUCCUGACGCACCUUUCCCAGAUACCCUGCUCUGGCUCCCACAGGCUGGGCGGGGGGCUCCUGCCCAGGGUCCAAACUUCCCCAGAAGGUCUUUCUGUCUGAAGUCAGUGUCUCACAGUCCCCAGCCCUGCUGAGGAGUGGUAGCAGCUGUCCUUGAUU